AUGUCGGCUCCGGCCCUCUCCCGGCAGGCGGCGCCUCUCGGCGUUGUGUUUCCGGGUUCCCAGGGAGCCUCGGCGGCGGCUGCUCGCUGGUCUGGGUCGCGGCCGUUAAGCGCGGUGCCGGGGCCGAUUGGCGCCCCCUCCGCUGAUCCCGCCGGCCUUGCCGGGCAAGCCCAUGUCCCUCCGGACCUGCUUCUUCGGGCGCGUCAGAAACAGCCCUCACAAAACGUCGCCUUCUUGGCGGAAACAAGCGAGGAGAGUCGCGGCGCAGGAGAGGCUGUGAGAGAUAUGGAUGACAGGCAUGAAGAGAAAUGUGGAACGCUAUGUGCAACCUCACAAGAGAAGACAAAAGUCAGAGAGAGAGAGAAAAGGAAACGAAAACGCAGCAGAAGUAGGUCAUCAUCCAUUUCUUCCACAACGUCGUCCAGUUCUACAUCUUCCUCUUCAGGUUCUUCAAGAUCCUCUGCUUCACAUAGCAGAAGCAGUUCUAGUAGUAGAGAUUCUCCUAAAUCAAAAUCAAAGAAGAGAAAAAAGGAAAAACAUAACAAAAAGAAGAGAAAAAAAGAUAAGUUGAAGAAAAAGAAGGAAAAGAAAAAAAAGAAAGAAAAGUCAGGCCCCGUACAGCUUUCUAAGUACUUGAGAGAUAAAAAGAAGAAUCAAAACUACAGUAUGAUCACAGGAAAGAAAAUUAAGAUGAAAAUAAAGAAGAGUAAAAAGGAUAAAGAGCGUGACCGAAACCGUGCUGAACUCCUUGAUUUCUUGAACUCUGCUUUGUAGUGAAUAUGCUACUAAGCAAGGACCAGUAAGUCUCUCAACUCAUUUGGUGAUCUGCUUUCCAAAGCACCAAAUACAAGCUCAGAGUGCGGAGUGGAAGAACCCCAAUAUGUGACAAGCUGAAACUGUCUUGCUGGGAAGAUAAUUGCUACAUCCUUUACAACAGGUGAAGUAAAGAAUUUGACAAGAGCCAUAUUGCUACUUGUGAGGCCCUAAAGAACAGUCUCUCUGGAGACUGCUUAAAAAUUGUAUGAUAUUGAAAAUUCUCUGAAGUGAGAGGACAUGGUUGUAUUUUGGCAUGCUGUGCUUAUCCCAAACAGCAUAUACAAUUUUACCAUCAGUUGUCCUUUGUUAUUUUUCAAGUUAAAGCUGAGAUGUUGCAAAUAAGCUGUUUAAAAAGAAGGCUAUCUGUGUAUAGAAGUGUUAGUAUUAAGUAUAUUUGUUGUAAACAACAAAGCAUCUUUCUGUGUAUCUGCUCUAGAGAAAUUAAUACAACAGUACUUCUUAAAUCA